AUGACCCGAUCGCUGAAUCCUAGCAGAGCUGCUUGGCUGUAUCCUCUUCGCGUCAGUGCAAUGCUUGCUGCCUACCGAGGUGUGUAUUAUUUCGCGUCGCAUCGCUUCCUGUGGCCUUUGUUCAAGACUCGUCUAAUUCCGAUUGUUCUGCUUUCGGCGUUCAUUUACGUGAUUCUGUUCCUCUUUACCUAUUUGCCCCAGGUCGCCUUUCUUUCUAUCUUUCAAGGCCGUGGUGCUUGGGUCAAUGGAGCAGUCCUGGUCUUAGGAGAAGGCGCUGCAAUUGUGGCCGCACUAUUCGAAGCUUUCUUUGUUGAUGAAACCCUGGUGGAUAUCUUCGAUGCUGUCCUAGUGAAUGAGGGCCACGGGGAACUGGUCACCACUUCGCGGGUCCUAUAUCCGCAAGGCGAUGAUGUCGUCAAACGGCUGGGAAAGCCGAUCCAUAGUGCCGUCUAUGCACCAUUCUCUCUGCGACAGAUCGUGGAGUUUGUUGUCCUCCUCCCUCUAAACUUUAUUCCUGUGGCCGGGACGCCCAUGUUUCUCGUGCUCACAGGGUAUCGAGCGGGUCCGUUUCACCACUGGCGGUACUUCCAACUGUUAGAUCUUUCGAAGCAGCAAAGAAAGGAGAAAAUACGCCAUCGCCAGUUGCAGUAUACUACGUUUGGAACGGUUGCUCUGAUCCUUCAGUUGGUUCCGCCCUUGUCUAUGUUUUUCCUGAUGUCGACUGCCGUUGGUUCAGCACUCUGGGCCGUGGAUCUAGAGAACAAGCGCGAUCUGAUAGGGAGAGCGAGACCGGAUGAAGUGGACGAGUAUCAUGACGGCAAUACGAUAUAA